AUGGAUACUGGCCAUAGGUCCAAACGACGAAGGCCAGACAAUGCACAGAUUGAAGAAAGAUUGGAGUCUUUGAUCACCAGAGUUGGAGAGAAGAGUACUUCAUCGCUUGAGAGUAAUUUGGAGGGGCUAUCAGGGGUGUUAGAGGCUGAUCUACCCAACUACAAAGCAAAGAUUAUCAAAAUCUUGUGCGAAUGCGCUGUCGCACUUCCAGAGAAGAUCACUGUCUACACCACACUGGUGGGUCUUCUAAAUGCCAAAAACUUCAGCUUUGGUGACGAUUUUAUUGAAGUGCUGGGAAAGAGUAUGAAAGACUUCAUGAAGAACAACGAAUGGAGUAAAGCAAGGUUUGUUGUGCGUUUCUUUGCUGAUCUUGUCAACUGCCAUGUGAUAGAGGUGGCCUCACUCCUUUCGCUCUAUGAGAACUUUGUGGCAGUCACCGAGGAGCCAGACAUUCCUCAAGUGCGCUCUGAUUGGUUUGUCUACUCUGUCUUGAGCAGCUUGCCAUGGGUUGGAUGUUCAUUGGAUGAGAAGAAAGGAGAAGAACUCAGCAAACUAAUGAAGUCCAUUGAAGGCUAUUUAGGGAAAAGGAAAAAGGAUCAUGUUCCUUUCCUCCGGGUUUGGCAUGGCGAGAAUCCACACGAACAACAAGAUUACUUGGACAGUCUAUGGCAGCAGGUCAGUAAACUCCGCAGAGACCAGUGGCUUGAGAAGAUCAUCAUGCGCCCCUACAUGGCCUUCCACUCCAUCCUGUCGGAAUCAUCAGUGCACAAUUUGCCCCCCUUUACACCCCCUCCUGACAUCGUAGACCUGACAUACCCCAUUCCUAAGGUAGUCUUCAGGAUGUUUGAUCCAACGGAUGCUCCAGACGGACCACCCCUGCCAGGUGCACUUUCCAUCGAGCGAUACUUAGUGGAGGAUCAGAUCAGUUCACUCAUCACCACUUACUACAAAGAUAGGAAAGAAUGUGCUGCUCAGUUGUUGAACUACCAUGCCAAGAAGCAAGUACCUCUGAAUUAUGUCAUUGUGGAGGUGAUGUUUGGCCAACUCUUCAACCUCCCUCAGUCUCCACGGAUCCAUGUGUUUUACAUGUCUCUCUUCCUGGAGCUAUGCAAGCUCCAGCCUGGAUCCCUCCCACAAGUUCUUGCUCAAGCCUCUGAGAUGCUCUAUGAGAGAUUGGAGCACAUGAACCUCCAUUCUUCAGAUAGAUUUGUGAACUGGUUUGCACAUCAUCUCAGUAACUUCCAGUUCAGAUGGAGUUGGGAAGAAUGGACUGAUUGUCUGAACGUUGAUGUUGAUCUGCCAAAGCCUAAGUUUGUGAUUGAGGUGCUAGCUAAAUGUCUGAGACUGUCGUAUCAUCAGCGCAUUGUUGAGAGUGUUCCUGAGACCUUCGCCCCUCUAUUACCCAACCCACCUGACCCUAUUUAUAAGUAUGGCCAGGAAGGAGCAGACUCUCUACCGGGAUACAUCGUUGCACAGAACCUGACAGAUAUGAUCAAGAAGAAAGCUUCACCUGAGGUCAUCAUUGAGGUUCUCAAAGACACACCUAAUCCUAAAGAUGUCGAUGGCAUGGAAGAUGAGACUAGCUUCAAUGCUUUGAAGAUUGAUGUAUUCGUUCAGGUACUCCUUCAUCUUGGCUCUAAAUCCUUCAGUCAUUCCUUCAGUGCACUUGCCAAAUUUCUGCCUGUGUUGAAAGAGCUUGCAGUGACUGAGGAGAGUCAGAUCUAUAUCUUAAGGGUUAUCAAAGACAUCUGGAGGAAUCAUUCACAGAGGAUUGCGGUCCUAGUAGACAAGCUCCUGCGUACCCGUGUGAUUACUUGUCCCGCCGUGGCCAACUGGUUGUUCUCUUCCUACAUGACAUCGAGCUUCACCAGGAUGUUUGUAUGGGAGAUCCUUCAUUCUACCAUCAACACCAUGAACAAACACGUCAAAGCAUGUGAGAUAGAGCUUGAAGAGGCUAGACAGAGUGCCAAGAGACCGGAUGAUGUGGAUAUGGAGAGCGAUGAUGAGGAUAGAUAUGACAUCUCUAAGGCUGCUAGUGAGGCUAAGAUUGAUCUACUCCAAGAGAAACUAGAAGGAGCUCAGAGUGAAGAAAAGAAACUCUUCCUCAUCAUAUUUCAGCGUUUUGUGAUGGUGUUGGGAGAGCACAUGGUAUCCAGUGAGAACAAGGAAGAAGAUUUCCGCACACCAUGGUUCAUCCAUGCUAUACAGAGGUUACAACAAAUAUUUCUUGUGCAUUACCAUCAGGUCGUGAAGUACACUACCACCCUUGAGAACCUUGUUUUUACGACCGACACCGACCCAACUAUCCUGGAGGUCUUUACAGCUUUCCGCUCUCUCCACUCAUGAUGAUGUCCCCAGUGCUCGUCAUUUUAGUUCAAGAACAGCCAUGACCCUUUAUCAAGAGAGAUCCUACAAACUUGAAUGUUUUCACAAGCUGCACCACCUCCAAUCAUGAUGACAACCUCAGUGCUCUUGUUUUAAUGCAAGAACAGUCAUAACUCUUUUCAAUUUUAUCAAGAUAGAUCCCACAAACUUGAAGUCUUUGCAAGCUUCACUCUAUCCAGACAGCCAUGACCCUUUAGAUCCCACAAACUUGAAGUCUUUGCAAGCUUCACUCUAUCCAGACAGUCAUGACCCUUUAGAUCCAACAAACUUGAAGUCUUUGCAAGCUUCACUCUAUCCAGACAGUCAUGACCCUUUAGAUCCCACAAAUUUGAAGUCUUUGCAAGCUUCACUUAUCCAGACAGUCAUGACCCUUUAGAUCCCACAAACUUGAAGUCUUUGCAAGCUUCACACUCUCUAGACUGUCAUGACCCUUUAGAUCCCACAAACUUGAAGUCUUUGCAAGCUUCACUCUCUCCAGACAGUCAUGACCCUUUAGAUCCCACAAACUUGAAGUCUUUGCAAGCUUCACUCUAUCCAGGCAGUCAUGACCCUUUAGAUCCCACAAACUUGAGGUCCUUGCAAGCUUCACUCUCUCCAGACAGUCAUUACCCUUUCCAAUUUCAAUCCCACAAACUUGAAAUCUUUGCAAGCUUCACUCUCUCCAGACAGUCGUGACCCUUUAGAUCCCACAAACUUGAAGUCUUUGCAAGCUUCACUCUCUCCAGACAGUCAUGACCCUUUAGAUCCCACAAACUUGAAGUCUUUGCAAGCUUCACUCUCUCCAGACAGUCAUGACCCUUUAGAUCCCACAAACUUGAAGUCUUUGCAAGCUUUACUCUCUCCAGACAGUCAUUACCCUUUCCAAUUUCAAUCCCACAAACUUGAAAUCUUUGCAAGCUUCACUCUCUCCAGACAGUCAUGACCCUUUUUAGUUUGUUACGGGAAGAUCCCUCUAACUUGAAGCUCUCACUCUUUCUGACCAUGAUGAUCAAUCCUGCUGUUCUCGUUAAGUUCUAGAACAACCAUCACCCUUUACAAUUUCAUAUGGAGAGAUUCCACAUGUUUAUCCACUCUGGUGUUCGAAUGAAACAAGUGUCAACAGAACAUAUGAUGCCAAUGUAUCUGAGAGUAAAACUGUAUUUUAGCUUGCUCACAAUAUUAAUAUUAAAAUCAAAACCUGUCAAUGAGAUUGAAUUCGCAAAGUAAGAUUAGCAUGGCAUGUUUAUUUAUUUUCUUGUCCAAAUUCUUAUUCUUGAUGGCUCACAUAAACAGCGGUGACCAAUUAGUGCACACUUUUUUUGCCACAUGUUGGUCAGUGCGAUCUCAAUUGUCUGACUUGCACUGCAGUGGACAUGCCUUGGCAGAGCAGAUUAAGAUGCCCGUCUAAAAAACUUGGGAACCAGUUCCCGGCAUGGCACUUAUGCACUUGAGCAAGGGGGUGAUGCAUUUUAUCUACACUGUUUAUUCAUGUUAAUUUAACUUUAUCCAAUGGGUUAUGUCGAUUUGAAAGAAUAAGUACCGGUACACUUGCUGAUGUUUCGCACAGACUGAUAAAUGUCAAAUAAUACUCGCACCCUCUUAACUGAGGAUAUUGACUCUGUGAUUUACCCCACAAGCAACACACACAUGAAUUAAGCAAAAUGUGCCUUCCUGAAAUGCGCAUUUGAUAAUGGACUUCUCCGAGAGAAUAGGCUGAACCUUUGAAAUCUACUCAGCCUAUGGUUUAAGUUAACCAACCUAUGUGACUUGACAUGUUAAAAGGAAAGUCUUUGGAGGCAUUGAAAUUAAAUUGCGAUCAAUUUCAAUUAAAUCUUAAUGUAAAAUCAAUCCUAAGUUUUGUAAUUGAUUGCUGGGCUGUUCUCUCAACAGGAAGUAUGAAUUCUUUUACUAUGACUGAAAUUGAUAUUUGCAAUCAAUCGCAACACCCUCUUAGAUUAAUAUUUUGUGGAGUAUCAAUAUUAUUUUUACACACAUGUAAAGAAAUCCUAAAGAAAACAAGAUUGGUACGAUUUAAUAAAAGAGCUGAAAAUGUGCAAGUCUCGUGGGAUGAAAUUUCACAAAGCAGAUAUUUUCCAGUUUAUACCCGGAGGCCUGGGAUAAAAAUUUCAUUUAAAAAUGCAUCAAAUGUUCUCUGUUUCUGUUUGAGUGCUAAUGGCUUAAAAAUGUUCCCUGUUUCUGAAUCUUUGAGUUAGUGCUCAGUGUACUGCUUUUGAGAUUGUAAAUGUGUCAAUACCUGCUACUCUGCUUUUUAAAGUAUGGUUUGCUUAUAGGGGAAAUAUACUGUUUCCUGUCUGUAUGAACCCAGUCAAUGUUAUCAUUGUGACAUCCAUCAAUGCCAUUGUGUUUGUUAUUGCAUAUCGGGCAUCUAACCGCUCAUGUCAGUCUAGUUAUUGCAGUUGGUAUUUCCUACUUUUUAAAAUUUUUAUUUUUUUACCCUUUUUAAGUGGAUAAUGUAAAACAAUAAUAGUUUCUGUAGAAUUAUCAUUUCUAUUGUGAUGCUCAAGGAGACUAGACAUAAGCAUUCUUUUAGAAUACUUAUUUUGUAAGAUAUUUUUGUUUUUAUGUAUACAGAGCUUCCAAGUCUCCCGGAUCCUGCGGGAGAAUACUGGAUUUCGAUCGAAUCUCCCGUUCUCCCGACCCCAUGCUAAAAUCUCCCGGAUAAUCGUGAUUUUUAGCUGUUAAAUUGUAAAAAUUCAUACAAACGGCUGUUUUACAAGUCUAGCAUGUUCAACUCCCUUUACACCCACGUGGAAACUCCGAAUCACAUUUUCAUUUUAUCCAGUUACUUUUACCAGUUUUUGUAUAAUCGUACAUUGAUUUCCAAUGUUAAUGAAGAUAAUUCUACAAAACGACUGGUGAAUUAGUCUAACAAGCCAUUUUAUUUCCGGGUUCUGCAAUGUGUUGCAUGGAAACACUUUAGCGGCACUCCAUGCACAUGCCCCCCGAUGCGCCCCGGCGCGGCCCUGCCUGGUCUCCGGGCGGCUACGCCGCGCCAGGAGGCUACGAGAAGGGAAGUCCAUGAGCAUUGCGGGGCAUUUUUCGUAAGCUUUUGUGCGCUUUAUUCGAGCUGAAACUGUGGAUCAAUCAUGGGAUUAACAAGUGGAUUACUUUCAGGAAUAAUUUUAUUGACAAUCCUGAAGAACAGAAGCAAAGUGGAUAUUUUUUUGCCUACUAAAGUUUCACUUGGGUUGAUCGGAUUCAAACAUUUUCUCUUUCGUGAGUGAGCUAGCUUAAGCUUGGCGCUGGUUGGCUGAGCUGUGCAGUGCGAAGCACGCCCCGUCCCGAUUCAUCCACACUACAAUCGCAUUGUCAGUGACCAUGGAGAUCAUGGAGAUGGAGUCAUGCAAGACCAAGACGACAAAAUGUUUUUCGAAGUUUAAAGAAUUUUCAAGCGGAAUGGGACUGUGUGACAAUUUUCACAGGAAUCACUCAGACAGAGACUUUAAAGUUUAAUUACAGGCCACAUAGACUAGAGUCUAUAAAGUCUUUACCAUGUUUACAGGGCCAGGCAAGCUCAUGUACCAUGUUUACCACUAAAGUUACUGAAGCCCCUUCCCCUCUGGACAAUUAAAGGUAUUUUCAUGUUCAAUGCAUUCUUUUAUGACUUAUUGAAAAUAUCAAAUGUUGUUUCUUAAUGUGUUUUGCUAUCCAACUCCCAUCCAUGGGACAGCGUUCCGCCGCGCCGCUCCCUCACAAAACCAUAGUACAUGUACCUCCGCGAAAUCUACUGGAUUCUAUCUUCCCAAUGUUGGCAGCUCUGUGUAUAUUGUCACAAUUUCAUUCUGGAUCUGAACUUGUUUGUUGAAUAUCGAUGUAUGCAGUUGUGCAUUGAUUAAACCAAACUCCUGUACAGUA